AUGCCAGCGAAGCGUGCGCGCGGGCUAUCCGACAUCCCUGCGGACGGCGCGGGAAAGAAGCCGCGCAAUGGUGAUGCUGCCGAGAACAGGGAUGGCGCGUCAUGGGGUACCAACAAGAACCCCAAUCCGCUGUGUUGGAGGCUGAUUGAGCAGCUCGAGAGGAAGGAAAAUAGGAAGGUGCUGAUUGGCCGCAAAAAAGGCGAGAAAUCGACAGGUGACACGAAGGUCGCCGUGUCGAAUGCGAUAGCACGCGUUCUUUGGCCAAAUCAGGCCGAGAAGGACAUCCCGGAGUGGGGGAAGAAGGUUCUCAACAAAAUCAAUGCGCUGAAGGGGCUGUAUGCGAAGAAGGUAAAAGCGAUCAAAGUGACGGGUGGCGGGCUCUCGGAUAAUGAGUCUGGUGAUGGGCAUGGUGACUCUGAUGAUGAGGACAGCCCUGAACAACGCCUGCGCUGCUACAUCGCGGCAGAUGGCCCUGACGAGAGUACCCCCGAGAAGUACAAGAACAUCUGGGAGCGCGUUGAGAAGGAAUUUCCGCCAUUUCCACGCCUGCACCGCUUGCUUGCGUCGAAAGCGAGCAUCAACCCUCCUUCGGUUACGACUGGCAUCGGGCCACAUGGGCGUAAGACCGCAUAUUAUCAGCCUAAGGAUGAUGAUGCUGAGCAUGCGGUACCAGGUGCUGUGUCUGACGAACUCAUUGACCCUGUGUUGCGGAACUUACGCUCGUCACCAGAUGCAGAGGCGGCGGGUGCAAACGAUGGACCGUUCAUGCUCGAGGGGCCUGAUGCAGAACAACCUGGCCCUCUCGAUCAAGAGCCAGCAGCACCUUCUCCCCCAGCAGCAGCCCCGCCUUUGCCGCCUGCAUCUGGUGCUCCGACAGCAUCCUCGUCAGUGCCCACGAACAUUCCGAGUCAUGUUAGUCCCGAGAAGUACCAAGAUAUUGCGAAGAACUUCAAGGCAGCGCCCAAGUCUAGCGGUGGAGUCGGAGAUGUGCUCCGUGAGGUCACCCACUUGCAUACAGAGGACGCGAAGUUGGAGCGAUCGCAACGGGCUGCUGACGCUGCAGCCCAACGUGACCGAGAGGAGAUCAAGGAUUUGCGUGAGGAGAUCCGAAGCCUCCGUGCAGAGGCAACUGCGAAGCACGAUCGACUCCUCAGGCAGUAUACCAACGGUGUGCUUGCUAAGGAGCUCUAUCUGCAUGAGUCAGAUUGGGUUGAUAAAGACUUGGAUGCAGAGAUUGCUGAUCUUAAAGAGGAGAUCAAAGAGAUCAAGGAAAAGCGUAGCUAG